AUGUGUUGGUACCAAUUGGAUAGUUCUCGGCAAUCCAAAGUGGCAUCUUUUUCAUCGGCAUCGGAACAACGUGUUCGACCGUUUUACGUACACUUGGAACGAAGAGCGGACGCGCGAGUGCAGUCAAUGCUCUACCAGCGCUGGAGUUGUCCGUUGCGAAUGGUCAAGCUUACCUCCACUACGGUAUUAGUAUUGUGGCUAUGGGGCGGGACUCUGUGCGGUAUAUCACAUCGGUGCGACGCCUUUUCCGUAUUUACCCGGACACGGAAUCGAAACGGACCCAAGCGAACCGUCACUACACGACGGAGACGCUCUUUUGGACUCCCUUACAGCACCGACUCGCGGCUCUACUCUGACAAAAAUCACAACAACAACGACAACAAAUUCGGAUUCGGCCAACGUGUGGCUUCCGUCCAGUGCGCCGUGCUCGGGGCACUCACGGGGAGUCUCGCCGUCGCACCGGUGGUGGCGCUGCACGACCUGAUCUUUGGUAGCGGCGUCGCGCAGUGGGAAUUCGAUACGGACACGGCCGCCGUGGAAGGCGCCCUCUUCGCCAUUGUUUACCGCUACUGCGUCCGAGAAGACGACAACGCGCAACUCGCCCAAGGCGUCGUCGGUGCCUUUGCUCUCGUUCGGACGUUAUCCCGUAUCGUCGUCCCGUCCUAUUGUACGGCUCUACCGCUUCGCUGUGGACCGCCCUUGGGAUAUUUGGACUGGAACAUCCUGGGCGAACUUGCCGGAAACGGGGCCGAAUCCGCCGUUCUCUUUGGUGCCGUCGCCGCCGCCAUGGAAUGGGCCACCAAUAGAAAGUACAUUGCCAAGUUUCCGGGCUAG